CUGCCUCUCUCUCAGUGCUUAUAAAAGCAGACACAGUGCAGGACUCAGCAGGAUUUGAACGGAGGGUCACUCUUUCAAGGUUGAAACAGAGGACACCUGUGAAGAUGACUCCAUCAGUUAUUUCUGCUCUUCUUCUGCUGGCUUGUGCUCUCCCAUUCAAUUCUGCUCAGUCAAGCUGUAGUGGGAGAUGUGGAGGAGAGUAUUACAGGGGUUACAUGUGCCAGUGUGAUUAUGACUGUCUCACUCACGAGGAGUGCUGUAAGGACUACGAAUCCCAGUGCACCACCAGUGACUCGUGUAAAGGGCGGUGUGGCGAAUCCUUUAAGAGAGGCAGGCAGUGUGACUGUGAUCCGGACUGCGCUCGCUACAGCAAGUGCUGCCCAGAUUACAAGAGCCAGUGUGGUAUUGAAGACACCAAACAACCAGGCAGCACAACACCACUGAAGACUAGCUCAUGUAAUAACGUAAAUGAUGAAACACCAAAAGAGCCAGAGCCUCCCCAGAUCCAGCCAAAUGAGGAGCCAGAGAUGACUCCCAAUCCACAGGAGGAACUAAAUAAAGAUGACCAGUUCAUGCCAUUGGUCACUCCAGAACCAGAACUCCAGGAUGAACAGGGAGAUGAUGUAAAGGGUGAGACCUGGCCAGAACUCCCUGUUCCCUCUCCUGAGGCUGAGCAAGAGGCCAUUUUAGAGGGGGACUACACACCCUUCCCUGAGGAAUGGGAUCCAGAGACAACACCUGGCCAAGAGGGGACCCCACCAGCAGAGGCCAACCCCUACCUUGCCGAACCAGCCAAGGAGGUUCCCACUGAGACAGCAGACUCCAGUGUUCCCGAGGGACAGCCUGAUUCCAGCAGCAGCCCGUAUGCAUUAGACACAACUCCUCCUAGAUCCUCCUCUGAGCCCACCCCUGCCUCCCCCCAGCCCUCCGACCAGGUCUUCCCGAGCUCAGAGCACCAGCCUGGGCCUACUCCUGCAGAGGACACCCUUGAACUCCUUUCUGAAGGACAGAGUGAAUUGGACCCUGAGGGUCAGGAGGCAGAGUCUGAGAACACACUGCCAAAGGACUCUGAACCCAGACCCUCAAUCCUAGAGAAUGCUGCCACUACACCAGCCUCCGACCCAACCUCUACCGGCCCCACACAGGGUACACCCUCAGGCCCAGAGGAUCCUGAGGCUACCCCUGCAUCUCUAGACAGCACCACCCCCUCCACCAAGCCUGACCAGACACCCAGUGCCCCUGAAGGAUCUACCCCAAGCUCAGAGCAGGACAGCAACAAGGAGAAUGCCCCAACAACCACCCCUUCAGACCCACAGGAUCCUAAUGCGGCCUCUGGGGCACCAGCAUCUGAUAGUGGUCCCGAAGCUAAACCUGGCAGAGUGGACACCCCAGAAAGUUUUGAUGACAGCAGUAUCCCCCAGACUGGGGAUCUGGCAACGCCUCCCACCUCAGAUCCCCAGGCCACAUCCACAGACCCAACGGGACAUGAAGAGGAAGGAGAAAAGGCCGCACCAGAGGAGACCACUACAGACCCCAUGAAGCUCACUCUCGUCCCCACCAUCGUCCCCACCCCCAACAAAACCACGGAGAAACCCAAGCCCAGCAAACCCACAGGGAAACCCAAGCCCAGUCCUACACGGCCCAGCACCCUCACUGAUAUCAACCAAGAUCUGGGCACAGACAACCCCAGGGACUACCAAGCAGAUGAACACAAUGACACCAACAUCUGCAGCGGUCAUCCCGUCGGCGCGGUGACUACGCUGAGGAAUGGGACCGUGGUGGUUUUCAGAGGACACUAUUUCUGGGUGUUGGACAGCAAUAGGGUGCCUGGACCUGCCCGUGGGAUCACAGACGUGUGGGGUGUCCCUUCGCCCAUCGACACAGUCUUCACCCGCUGCAACUGCCAGGGCAAGACAUACUUCUUCAAGGGUUCUAACUACUGGAGGUUCGAGAAUGGCAUGAUGGAGCCCGGCUACCCCAAGUUAAUCAGGGCGGGCUUCGAUGGGCUGCAAGGACAGAUCACGGCUGCCCUGUCUGUGCCAGAGUACCGCAAGAGGAGAGAGUCGGUCUACUUCUUCAAGAGAGGAGGCUUGGUGCAGAAGUAUUCCUACCAGUCUGGCAACAGCCCUACAUGCGGCAGGAAGGUCCACUACUCCGUUUAUACCAUACGCAACCGUGUUGCUAGGCAAGCAGCGCCUCUGCUGGGACAGGAGAUCAACAUCCGUCUGACCUGGAGAGGCUUCCCGUCCACCGUGACCUCCGCCGUGUCCAUCCCCACCCACAAGAAACCAGAGGGAUACAACUACUACCUCUUCUCACGCUCCAAAUACUACAACGUCAAUAUGGGAGAUGAGCGACCUUUCAUAGCAACUCCCCCGGUGAGCUCUGCUCCCCAGAAGAACUCCGCCAAAGACUUUUUCAACUGUCCAAAGGAAGUUUGAGGAGAAACAGCAGGG